AUGGCUCCGCGUCUAUCCGUUCUUUUCGUUGCUUUAGGGCUGCUGCUGCUGCCUCUGAGGGGGCCCCUAGAGGGGGAUUCUUCUCUGUUUGUUGCAGCAGCAGACAGCAGCAAUGGAGACGGCGGAGGGGGAGGGGCUUCUGGAGGAUCAGGGUCAGGCUCGUCGGGAUCGGGUUCGGGUUCGGGAUCGGGAUCGGGUUCCGGCUCGGGGAAGGACGGCGAAGGCGACUCCAGCUCCGGCGACGAGUCUAAAGACCCCUCCAAGAGGAAAAAGAGAGACGGCCCUCCUCAGAAUCGGCCGCCUGUCUCGAGGCCUCCCCCGCGUCAGCCACCAAGAGAUAAGGGUAUAGGACCUGCAUUACCACUUCUUUGGAAUGCAGCUGCGAAUACAUCGGCCGCUUCAGACGAAACAACGGAUAUGGAGGAUUAUAACGCAGCGCUUUCCCGGAUAUUUGAGAAGCGAAUGGCAUUUCAGCCACGCUACAGAGGCGCACUGGAGGAUAUUAACGAGGCAUUGGCUCAAGAUGUCCUUCAGACGAACACAAAGAUGUCAGCAAGUGAGCGUCAAAAAAUUCUCUAUAGUAUAGGUGGGAGAGGCACUUACCUUGAAGUACCCCAGUUGCUAAAAGAGCUUCGAGAGGAAGCAGAUCAUCCGGUAGAGGAGAGGCUUCGUAUUCAAGGGCUACAUCGUCAAAGGCGACGAGGCAUUCCUAUUAAUGUUGACGAUCUAAAGAAGAGGCCGUUUGUUCGUAGAACAUUUACUGGGCCAGUUACCACAGUUGACUACGAACCGGAACUCACCGAUGCAGAAAUUCAUCAGAGGCAGAGCGGUGUUAAUGGAUGGCUUC